CUUUAACAAUGAAGGUACUCUCUGUACUAUUAUCCAUUUGUGCAUUGUGUUAUGCAGCACCUGGUUCUGUGAACCAGGGACCCUCGUUCCUGGGGGGCCGUAUAGUUGGUGGCAUUAAUGCGUUGCCCAAUGAGUUCCCGUCGAUGGUGUCGGUCCGGCGAGUUGUUCUUAUUGUGACAUCCCACAUUUGUGGUGGCACAAUUUUGAAUAACUUCUGGAUUAUGACGGCCGGUCACUGUAUUACAGAAUCUCCGGCAAACUCCCGUUUUGUAAUAUGGGCUGGAACGCACAACUUCAACCAAAAUGAGGCUACCCGACAGGUGAUGAACGUAAUGGGUCACGCGAUACAUCCAGACUAUGACGGAGGUGUUAACCCGAGUGAUAUCGCGGUAAUGAGGCUACAGUCACCACUGACCUUUACAGCGGCCGUCCAAGCCGUUCAUUUACCACCGGAUAACAGUACGCCACGACUUGGGCCGGUUACGCUGGCAGGAUGGGGUAGCACCGCGGGUGGCAGCGCUUCCUCAAUGCCUGCAGUUCUACAGAAGGUUUCGAAACCGUUGAUAGAUUGGAACACGUGCGAAGAUGCUAAUGGAGGUCCAGGGGCAUCACCGUUAGGUCCUACCAACAUUUGCACGGGUCCACUGACUGGUGGAAUCUCGGCUUGCUCUGGCGAUUCUGGCGGUCCGAUUUAUAUCAUUGAGAAUGGUAUCCAAACUCAGGUUGGUAUUGCAUCUUGGGCGUGGAUGCCAUGUGGAAGCAUCGGCCGCCCAUCGGUAUACGUUGGAGUAUCGCAUUACUUACCAUGGGUGAGGCAGCAGAUUGGCGGAUGAACCGAACCAUAGAAGGGUUGUUCGAAAUAAUAUUGCUAAACUGCAUUUUAGGGUCAAAAAAUAUUAUUAACUAGUAUACACAGAAUUAGGGUAAGAUGCAGCUGAGGACGAACUCCUGUAAACUUCUGAGUACAAAUUAAAAUCUUUUAAAAUUACAAGAAAACUGCGUAAUAGUGAAUCGCA